AGUGGCUGGGCACCCCGGUGUCGGAGCGCAGGGCCCUGCGGGAGGAGGUGGGGGCAGAGGAGAGCAGCCUCCUGCGCUGUGCUGCCCGCGGCCCCCCCCAGGUCGCCGUGUCUCCGGCUGACACUCUCCCUUCCUCCGGUAGCUGCUGCGUGGACGAGGUGGCCGCGGAGCACGUGGGGGCGGAGGCCGUGGUGCACUACGGCCCCGCGUGUCUCAGCCCCUGCAGGAAGUUGCCGGUGCUGCACGUGUUUGGCCGGCAGCCCCUGGACACGGAGCGCUGCGCGGGGGCCUUCCGGGAGCUCUACCCUGACCCCCAGAGCCACGUGGUGGUGCUGAGUGACGUGGUCUACGCCCACGCGCUAGGUGAGCUGGAGCAGCUGCUGGGCCCAGAGUACCCCCACGUCGUCUUCUCCCGCCUGGCGAGUGACGGGGCCCCCGACUGCCUGCAGGGCCCGGGGCUGGUGCGGCAGUUUGGGCGCCUCUUUGCCGUGGCGGCGCGGCGCGGGCUGCAGGACUACGCCGUGUUCUACGUGGGCGCCGAGGGCCUGGCCCUCACCAACUUCAUGCUGAGCUGGAACCGCUGCCCCUUCAGCUCCUUCGACCCGGCCACGGGCUGCGGGCGCCACGAGAGCCUCGACGCCAACCGGGCGCUGCUGCGGCGCCUCUACCUGGUGGAGCGGGCCCGGGACGCCCGCGUGGUGGGCAUCCUGGUGGGCACGCUGGGCGUGGCCGGCUACCUCUCCGUCCUGGAGCACUUGCGGGACACCCUGCGCCGGGCUGGCAAGCGCAGCUACACCCUGGCCAUGGGCAAGCUGAGCCCUGCCAAGCUGGCCAACUUCCUGGAGGUGGACGUGUUCGUGCUGGUGGCUUGUCCCCAGAACUCCCUGCUGGACUCCAGGGACUUCUACCGGCCCGUGGUGACGCCCUAUGAGCUGGAGCUGGCCUGUAACCCGGCCCGGGAGUGGAGCAGCCUCUACGUCACUGACUUCAGAGACCUGCUGCCAGAACCACUUCCUCCCUUGCUCCCAGCCUCCUUCCUGGAGUCGCGCAGUUGGCGGGGCUUGGAGCAGCAGCUGGGCCAGACGCCCGUGACAAAGGCCGUGCCGGGCCGGAGGGGGAUCGCGAUCGCCUACGAGGAUGAGGCUUCUGGGUGACCCUGACCCUGCGGGACGCCACUGUUGGGAGACGGGCCCUGCGGGGCUCCAGCCUCCUGCCGUGGGUCGCCCUGG